AAAAAUUAAUAAUAAAAAAAUUAAGAAUCUUUUAAUCCAAAAUAAAAUAAAGAAUACUUGCCGCGCUCAUUGACCUUCAAUUAAAACAGCGUAAGCUGUGAGAAACAAAAAUUGUGCUCACCGAAGCUUCAUUCAAUAAGAAAUCAUAAGCCGAAUUCCUAAAAUCCUCUCGUUCUUCUCGAUUUUCCACCGCCAUUUUCCAUGGAUUUCCCUAAGGUUUCCGCUGGAAAUUAUGUGAUUCCAUCUCUUCUCUUCGCCGGAAUUCUCUUAUUUUGCAUUACUGCUUCCUCUGUUUUGAGUCCUUUCCCUUUUCUCUCCAACGGACGCCAAUGCAGCAGCACGAAGCUUCCUAAUCAGAAUAGCACCAGCGAUUAUGAUUCUGUUAAACCACGAGACGAGCUUGAAUUGGCUCUAGCCAAAGCGUCAAUGGCGAACAAGACGGUGAUAAUCGCCGUCGUAAACAAGGCGUACGCCAAUCAAGAAACCGGAGCGGUUACGACUAUGCUGGACGUGUUUCUUGAUAGUUUCUGGCUGGGAGAAGGCACACGGCCUUUGGUAAAACACAUCCUUCUCGUCACCGUGGAUCAAACGGCGUACGACCGGUGCCAGUUCCUUCAUCUGAACUGCUUCCGGCUGGUAACGGAUGGCGUCGAUUUCGGCGGCGAGAAGCUUUACAUGUCGGAGGAUUUCAUCAAGAUGAUGUGGAGAAGGACUCAGUUUCUCUUGGAAGUCCUCAAACGGGGAUACAACUUCAUCUUCACGGACACAGACGUAAUGUGGCUUCGUAACCCCUUCACGAAGCUGAGUCCCAACAAAACAGAGGAUCUCCAAAUCAGCACCGACGGUUUCUCUGGCAACCCAUUUGGGGAGGAGAAUUUCAUAAACACCGGAUUCUACUUUGUCCGAUCAAACAACAAAACCAUUUCCCUCUUCCAAAACUGGUAUGAUCUGAAAGACAAUUCCACAGGUAAGAAAGAGCAAGAUGUUCUUCUAGAGCUCAUCCAUGGCGGCAUCAUAGGGAAACUUGGCCUCAGAGUCCGAUUCCUCGACACCCUUUACUUCAGCGGUUUCUGUCAGGAAAGUCGGGAUCCGAGGGAAGUGACGACGGUUCAUGCAAAUUGCUGCCGGAGCAUCGUCGCGAAGGUCGGCGAUCUCCGGGCGGUGCUUUAUGACUGGAAGAAGUUUAGGGAGAUGAGUUCUCAUAAGGGGUUGGCGAAUGCGACGGCGGAGUUUAAGUGGUCGCCGCAUUCGGGGUGUUUGAAUUCAUGGAGUAACUAAUAUACAAGUUUGGUUGAAACGUCCAACAUCCUCCCCGUCGGUAACCCUUUCAUUUUUAAUAUUUUGGUUUUUAAAAAUAAAUUUCCUCUUUUUUCUCCUUCAAAUCAUGGUUAGCAUAUAAUUUUCAAACUUUGCUUUUAUUUUUAAAAAUAUUAGUAGAUGAUGGAUAGUAAUGCAAGAGCUUUAGUUUAGUUUUCAAAAAUUUAAAUUAAAAAAAAAAAAAAAACCUAAUUAGUCUAUAAAAAUCACCUACAUAUUUUGUUGUUUUAAUUUUAGAGUUGUUUUUAAAGUUGAGGUCAAAUUAAGAAAUUAAAAAAGAAAAAAAAAAGGUAGUUUUGAAAAUGCAGUUUUUACUUUUGAAAUUGUUUAAUAUAAAAACCAUGAAUAAGAAGAUGUGAGAAAAUAAGUUUAAUUUAAAAACCAAAAACAAAAAUUGAAAGGAUUACCGAUAAGUUUUAGUUGGUUUGAUUUUGGUAGGGUUGCAUAUAGAGUUUAGUGGGUCUUUUUCUUCUCUUCUUUUAUAGUUUAAGUGGUGGUGGGAGUAUGAGGGUUCGACCUCCAACCUUGACAUGAUGUAGAUGUCAAUUUUAAUGUUAUGCUCAAUCUAACCAAUAACUUAAAUUAAAUAAAAUAUAUUUAUAUUUCAAUCU